AUGAGCAUCGUGACCUCGCUCCGGGCGACCGACUUGAUGCAGCACGAGGAGGCAUCAACGAGUAGCGACCACUCGGACACGCACGCCCAGUGCACAUGGGAGCAUGAGAUGCAGCGUGCCGUCGAAACCCGCGGCCGCAGCCGCAGCCGCUCGAUCCUCGCAGACGACGAGGCCAAAAGCGCACCUGCUCCGCCGUCUCGAGCCGCUUGUGACUCGAGCAACAUUCGUACAACAUCCUCCGGACGCAGUCGGAGCUGUUCGUUUUCAGCGUUGGAACCCCCGCACAGCGUCUCGGCCGUGCAAUACACAGCGCCUGACGACGGCAAUUGUGACGUGAAUACCGACGGGAACGCUGCGAAGCGAGCGGCGUCGCUGUCGAAGAUUUAUUUAGCAGGUUCUGCGCCGGUGGACGUGUCAAAAUUGCAAGAAACGGGGCAGUUGAGUGCACAAAAGAAGGUGGAAGUCGUGCAGCCAACAGGCGCGCUGUCGGCUGCUGCUCUGGACGCGCUCUCGGAAGGUCUGCAGCUGUCGGUGGAGAACAAUGCGAAGCCGUUGAUGGCGUCGGCUACGAGAGCGGCAAAAGGCGAGGAGCUCACGGAAGAAGAGAUAGAGGAGAAGAAGAUGGAGGAAGAAGAGGACUGUAAACUCAAGGCGGAGAAACUGUCGGCGAGACGGUCGUUGGCCGUCCGGGCCUCGCUCUUUCGCAAUAAAAUGAUGAAAAGCACCACGAGGUUGUUGGGGAACGGUGUAACGACAGAAGAAGCAGCUGCAGCGGCGGCAAUAGCAGCAGCAGCAACGCUCGAGAACGAGCGCAGUGUCGAGCUGAAGGCCGUGGCUGGAGUUGAGAAGCCUGCGACGAUGCUUGAUGUUGCGGCGGUUGAUGCAGGAGGAGCGGGGCCUGUGAAGAAGAGGCAUAAGCUCAAGCUCUUGUUGCUGGGAGAUAGCGGGGUUGGAAAGACGAGUUUGAUGCGUGUCUUCUCUGGAGACGAGUUUUCCGAAUCAAUGCUGGCAACUGCAGGUGUCGACUUUAAGCUUCGACACAUUAACGUUGCAGAUGAAGCGAUUACACUUCAGAUCUGGGACACUGCAGGUCAAGAGCGUUUUCACCGCAUCACUUCUACAUAUUACAAGGGUGCGAACGGAAUCGUGCUGGUGUACGACGUCAGCGAUAGACGAAGCUUUGACAACGUUGGCUACUGGAUGAACAACAUUCGUCAGUAUUCAUCCCCGACACAGAUGCCCGCGAUGCUUCUUGUGGGAAACAAAAUUGAUCUGCCGAACCGUGUCGUGGCAUUAGAGGAAGGUCAAGCGGCUGCGAGCCAGUACGGCUGCCGAUUUAUCGAAACGAGUGCAAAGACGUCAGAAAACACGAAUGGCGCGCUCGAGACAAUCGCGCGCGAUGGGUUUAUGAUCAGCGUUAAUCCUGCACUUACUCAAAAAAUAGUGAUGGAUCGAGAGAAAACGCUGGCUGGACGACGCAACAAGGAAAACUGCGUCAUUCAGUAA